CGGCGAAAUCCAUUGAUGUUGUGACAUACAUGGAGGACGAUUCUCUGACUAACAGGGGAGGCAAGACUGAAUUAGAGCUUGUCAGCGGAGAGAAGUUCAUAGUUGAGUGGACGCCGGUUGCGAAGGGUUUUGUCAGCUGGUACCGAGGGAUUGCCUGCGUCGACAGACUAUGUAGUUUCAAGGCUAUGGGCGAAGGCAAGGUUUUUAGUGGCUUUGGAGACUACGAAAGCACUUCAAACAUUCAUGCUGGGGACAGGAAACCGUCUCUGCUAGUCAACGGAGUCAUAAGUGAUGGUUUGACCAGGGAGUGA